CCAAUGUGCAAUUUCCAAAGCCCUGAAGGUGUAAGUAGAGUCGAAAGCACAAAUCACAUGAGACACGAUCUGAAAAUUCACAAUGAUCUGAUGAAUGGAAUAGUAUGGAGAACCAAUGUGGAGAAAUCCUAUCAAACACUGAGAUCCUUUGCUAACCAUUGGGAAUCUACUAGAAAAUAAUCAUUCCUUAACAUACAUGAUCUCUUCCAGCAGUCUUGUUCCUUGCAUUCAAAAGAUACUGUACCAUCAAUUAGGGUGACUGUUUCAUAAAGCACAGAGAUAUCAAUAUCUGACCUCUUCCAGGUACGUCAGUUAGAGCCCAGCCACCUUUGUCAACAUCGGGAAACAUUUAUUUUUGCCUAAGGGUAGCUAAUUGAAUGUAAUAAUCUAUUCAAGCAGUUGUAUUGUAGUAGCAGUUGUGCAGCUGGUUUUUGUGUGGGAUUCCUAAAGCAGGAGCAGUGGCUCACUCUGACUGUGUUGCCUGCCCUUGGGUCCCUUUCUCCUAACUGAGUUGUCUUGCCUAGUCUCAAUACAAAAAGAUGCUCCUAGUCUUACUACAACUUGAUAUGCCAAGGCUGGUUGAUAUUCAUGGGAAGGCUCCCCUUUUCUGAGGAGAAGGGGAGGAGAGGUGGAUGGAGAGAGGUGAGAUGUGAAGGAGGGACUGGAAAGAAAGGAAGGAAGGAAAGCUGUGAUUGGGAUGUAAAGUAAAUAAAUAAUACAUACAUACAUACAUACAUACAUACAUACACACAUACAUACAUACAUACACACAUACAUACAUACAUGCAUGCAUAUAUACAUACACACACACAUACAUACAUACAUACAUACAUACAUACAUAAAACAAUCACCCAAUGCAAUAAGACACAUGUCACUCAAGUACAGUUAUUUCUCAUUUGCACUGGCUUCUCUUUUUCUCACUAACAAUCAUGUAUAUUUUCUAGUAAGCUCAUGAUUUACACAGUAUUUUAUUUUCCUUUUUUAUCCUAUAAGCAUUUUCCAACAUUUUUACUGGCAUUUUAUUUUUAACACUAAACAACUAAAUGUUAUUUAAAUGUCCCAGUCAAAAGCAACUUUAUAGGUCCUAUCUUCUGUUUUGUACAGCUCAGAGCCUCUUCCAUUCUCCAUGCAGCUGUAAAACACCAACUGAAUGCCCUGUAAGGUACUGUGUUAUUACUCCACAGAAAGAAGAAAGCAACUCUGACUCUAUCCUGAGCAACAGCAAAAACACACCAGCAAAUGGUCACUGAUCCCAAAGCACAUUUCCUGUUCCAGUAAGAGAUCCUGGCCAUCGUGUCUAUCCUGUUCAUCGUUCUUUCCACCAUUGCUCUGUCUCUCAACACACUUCCAGAGCUGCAAGAAAACGACGAGUUUGGGCAACCCAGUGACAACCGGAAGUUGGCACACGUAGAGGCUGUGUGCAUUGCCUGGUUUACCAUGGAGUAUCUUUUACGAUUCCUGUCCUCACCGAAUAAAUGGAAAUUCUUUAAAGGCCCGCUGAAUGUCAUUGACCUUCUGGCCAUCUUGCCAUACUAUGUAACCAUCUUCCUCACCGAGUCUAACAAAAGUGUGCUGCAGUUCCAGAAUGUUAGACGAGUGGUCCAGAUCUUCAGAAUCAUGCGUAUCCUCAGGAUACUGAAACUCGCCAGACACUCAACGGGCCUGCAGUCUCUGGGCUUCACACUCAGGCGAAGUUACAAUGAGUUAGGUUUAUUAAUAUUAUUUCUGGCCAUGGGGAUAAUGAUAUUUUCCAGCUUGGUGUUUUUUGCUGAGAAAGAUGAAGAUGCUACCAAAUUCACCAGUAUCCCUGCAUCAUUUUGGUGGGCUACCAUCACCAUGACCACUGUGGGCUACGGUGACAUUUACCCUAAAACACUGUUAGGAAAAAUUGUGGGUGGUCUCUGCUGCAUUGCAGGAGUCCUGGUUAUUGCCCUUCCUAUACCCAUCAUUGUGAACAAUUUCUCUGAGUUCUAUAAGGAGCAAAAACGCCAGGAGAAAGCUAUUAAAAGGAGAGAGGCUCUUGAAAGAGCCAAAAGAAAUGGCAGCAUCGUUUCUAUGAACUUAAAGGAUGCCUUUGCUAGAAGUAUGGAACUGAUAGACGUGGCUGUGGAGAAGGCUGGAGAGUCAGCCAAUACCAAGGACUCAGUAGAUGAUAAUCACCUGUCUCCAAGCCGGUGGAAGUGGGCCAGGAAGGCGCUGUCAGAAACGAGCUCCAACAAAUCUUACGAGAAUAAGUACCAGGAGGUUAGCCAAAAUGACUCCCACGAACAUCUGAACAAUACUUCUUCCUCCAGCCCACAGCAUCUGAGUGCCCAGAAGCUGGAGAUGCUAUACAAUGAAAUCACCAAGACACAGCCUCAUUCCCACCCGAAUCCAGACUGCCAAGAACAGCCUGAGAGGCCAUGUGUGUAUGAGGAGGAGAUAGAAAUGGAAGAGGUGAUCUGCCCACAGGAGCAGCUGGCUGUGGCACAGACCGAGGUCAUCGUGGACAUGAAGAGCACCUCCAGCAUUGACAGCUUCACCAGCUGUGCCACGGACUUCACAGAGACUGAGAGAUCACCCCUGCCACCACCCUCUGCCUCUCAUUUGCAGAUGAAGUUCCCCACGGACCUCCCAGGAACAGAUGAGCACCAAAGAGCCAGGGCACCUCCAUUCCUUACACUAAGCAGAGAUAAGGGGCCUGCUGCCAGGGAGGCUGCAGUGGAUUAUGCCCCAAUUGACAUAACCGUGAACCUCGAUGCUGGGGCUUCCCAUGGUCCCUUGCAACCUGACAGUGCCAGCGACAGCCCUAAGAGCUCGCUGAAAGGGAGCAAUCCCCUCAAGUCAAGAUCCCUCAAAGUGAACUUUCAGGAAAACAGAGCCAGUGCACCACAGACCCCGCCCAGCACAGCCAGGCCACUGCCAGUAACCACAGCUGACUUUCCGCUCACCACUCCCCAGCACAUGAGUACCAUUCUUCUAGAAGAAGCCCUCCCCCAGGGACAGCCUCCCUUGCUGGAGGCUGAUGAUUCGGCACACUGUCAGGGACCAUCCAAAGGUUUCUCCCCACGAUUUCCCAAGCAAAAACUGUUUCCUUUCUCUUCUAGAGAAAGGAGGAGCUUCACUGAAAUAGACACUGGAGAAGACGAAGACUUCUUGGACCUCCAAAGGUCAAGACCAGACAAGCAAGCAGAUCCCAGCCCCAACUGCCUAGCAGAUAAGCCUGGCGAUGCCAGAGACUCUUUAAGAGAAGAGGGCUGUGUGGGUUCCUCCUCUCCCCAGAACACAGACCACAACUGUAGGCAAGACAUUUACCAGGCUGUGGGUGAAGUCAAAAAGGACAGUAGUCAAGAAGGUUACAAGAUGGAGAACCACUUGUUUGCCCCAGAAAUUCAUUCCAACCCAGGAGACACAGGUCACUGUCCCACUCGUGAGACCAGCAUGUGACAAAAGCAAUAAAAGAAAAAGAAAAAAAAACUGUUUCUUAAAAAUGCGAUUAAUAAUGCCGUGAACUAAAAUUUGAGAAACCCCUCCCCCUAAUACCAGUGCAUAAAAUAUUAUUUUUUGCAUGGCAUGAACAGUAUAGUUUAAGUACUGUUUAAAUAAAACCGAGUCCUGAAUAGCGAGCAAAUAAAGUGCUCUCUUAGGAACCUGUGCUCAGCCAUGUCUGACAUUUUUGCUCCUUUCAUUUCCAAUAGCAGGCAGGUUUUGGAGUUUCAACUCUUACCUCCCAGUGAACUUUAGAAUUUGCACAUGAAAGGAUGAAAUGUUGUUGCAUGUGUUCAUGCUUACGGGGAGAAAGGUGCUUUCAGCUUGCAAACUUUGCAUAACUUUGUAAAUAGGCCUGGAUGUAAAUGUGCCUCAAACAUGUGGACACGCCAUUUCUGAGACACAGGUACCUCCUUCACAGCUACUGCCUGAAGGAGCUGUCCAGACUUCCUGUUGCAAAAUUGUAACCUCUUCUUAACCCAUUUUGUGUAUCUUGCUUUGGAUUAUAAAGCUCUUAGGUUUGUUUAAAGGAAUACAGUAUUUUUAUUUUUAGGAUAUAAUUUGGAGGGUAUAUUUAUAUGUAUUUUCACUUAUUUGUGAUACAGUUGACAGGGUAUUUUUCUUUUCUUCUUUUGCUUUGUUGUUGCAAUUGUGAUGUUCUUAUAAAUCAUGGAAAUUAGUAAGAUUUAAUGACCAGAUAUCAAGUAUUUGGAAUUUAAGCUUGAGCUUUUACCUAUAAACUAAAUAUCAUGUCAUAGAUUAUUACAGAAAUUCAAGUUUACACAAAGCUGAAAAUGUACAGAAAGUUCUAUUAUAAAAUAAAACUUUUAAUUGGUACUCCACAUUCAGAAAUCACCUUUAAAACAAUGUGUGCUUCAGCACUCCAAACAUGGAUCUGCUGUCCAACAUACAAAUAAAGAGCUGCUAAAAAUGGAAAUUCCAUAAAACGACUUUUAAGAAAAUAAAAGUAGAACCCCCAUAAGAGACAAAGCUGGUCCCAGCAUGAGAUACCGUGCUAGGAGCCCAGGUCUGGGCCACUAGGGUAGAGACCUAGGAUGACAGUACACGGUGCAGGAAAAUGUCCUUGUAGACGUAAGUCCUUCCCAAGCAUGGCCAGAACACUCGGUAACUGCAGCAGCCCUACAAGCUUUCUCAUGUUUCCAAGCCUGGAACUUUCCUUGCUAAAAGUCAUGCCAGGCAUUUUCCUACUGAGAACACCAAAUCCAGAGGCACUGGGCACUGGGGGUUACCCUGCUCACCAGACUCACCUUGCUUUGUGGAAAUCAAAGCUCCAGCUACUGAUGAGAAGCUGCCGGCUGUGCAGUCUCCAGGAUGUCUCCAACCUGGUGGGAUCUCACGUGCAUCCAAAGGGAAACAGUCCAAAUUAUUUCUAAGCCUCCUUAAGAUCUCAAAUUAAUGAUCUCUUAGUUUCCUGGCAAUGCUCAGGUUUUGCGGCAGCAAAAUGCAUUUCGUGCAUGUGUGUAUAUAGUUCAGGGAAAUGGGGAAACUGCCAGCACAAACUACAAAGUGUAUUGUUUAAGGGGGGAAAAAAUCUAAAUUUUGUUCUUUAUUCUUUAAAGGAAAAAUGUUUACAAAAAUAGCCCAAAUAUUUAGAAUCUAAUAUAAGUCUUGAAUAUUUCUUAACAGGAUCUGGUCAUUAAAUCUCAAAUAAGGAAAUGAAUUUUGAUUUUAGUUAAAAUUCAGGCAGUCCUGAUAUUAAGAAUAAUUUGAAGUAUUCUUUUGUCCCAUUGUGCUUAGAAUUUCUUAAUGGUUUUUAUGUUUGUUUCAAAACAAAACCUUUAAGAGUUUAUACUCAUUAAUCAUUGAUAUUUAUAUUAUGCAUACUUCUUUUUGUGUCUAAAAACUAAGUGUUGAUCAGUUUUUGUAAAUCUAGAGUAUUUGAAUUUUCUAUAUAUAGUUUUACAAAGUCAAGCAGGUCUAUCUAUUGUUAAAUGAAUAGCAAAUAAGUUACAAAGAUCAUUUUCUUCAUACAGCCUCAUGAAGCAGUUAUUUUCUAAGGUCUCUUAUUAAUGAAUCUAUUUUUUUUUAUUCAUUUGGCUUAUUGCCAUAUGACCAGUGUCUCACGUUCCAUGUCUGUCAGGCCUUCUAUUUAGCACCCCGCUCCAUAAUGCUUAUGAUGGGGACCCUUACCCAGGCUCUGCUGUUUUCCCUGGAAGCAUUUUUCUGAAACCUCUCCCUUUCAUUCUCAGAGAUUGCUGUUUAUUUCAUUUUUAUAUUUUAAAGAAUUGUUUUUAAGUCCUUGGAAAUUUCAUAGUUUGAGUCUUUCUAGUUCCUCUGAGACAAACGUCUUCAGGUAGGAGAAACAAAUGAACACUUUCCUCUAAGAAAUCUUCAACUGUGCUGUUUUACAAGGAGGUAUUUCCCAGAAUGCACCUAUGAGUCCCUUCUAAACUUUGGCAAAUGGCGUCAAACUCAGAGGAGAACAUGUAAGUCUGGAAAGACCUGGAUACAUCUGUCAAGCGGAGUUCUUUUUGAAGUCUUGUAUGUUCUACAUUAAAAGUCCAUGGCCAUGCUGCAACUUACUCCAUGACAUGUAUGUUUGAGAAUUUUAAAAUGCUGUUUUAUAUUAUGUAUCAACUAGUAAAACUGACAGUCUUAUAACUUCAAAUACCUCUUUUGUAUACCUUGGAAAACAUCACCCAAGUUUAGGUAGGACUACCUGAAGGGGCUAUUGGAAGGUUGUGCUUCCAAGAGUUCAUUUCACCAUUAGCUAGCUCAGUGACCAAGGAUAAAUUCCAAUGAGAAAGAUUAUUUGAAUGGCUUCAAAAUUACAUGAUCCUUCUAAUGGCAAAGCUGUUUCUGCUGGGCCUCUUAACCAGUGCAAAUUGCCCAAGACGUUUUUAAUUUCAAAGAUAAGAGCAUUGAAACAGGUAUGCAUUGAGUCCUGGGAUACUGCUCAAUGGUAGAGGACCUUCCUAGCAUGUAUGACACCCUGAUUAAUCUCCAGCACUGUAGAAGACAAAAACGGGGGAGACAGGAAGAAAUGAGGGACCUAUCUGUAGGUCCACACAUACACCAAGUGGAUCCCUGAAAUUGACCUAAUUGUUCUCUAAACAUUUCACUAGAAAUGCUCUCACUCUGACACAGUCAACUGCUUUGAAGCAAUACCAUGAUGAGACCAGAUCUAAUAGGAAAAGAGAGUUGAUGACCAGUGUCCAUUCCCAUAUUCUCUUAUUAACAUUCUUAUUCCCAUGCUGGCCACGGAAAUUUUACAUUUUACAAUUUAUUUUAUCUUGAAAUUAUAAAGAUUUGGAGGGGGUAGCUUAGGUAUGUUCUUUCUCGACAGUGCCCAGAAUUAUCAGUAAAGAUAGAGAAAUCUGCUCUUAGUUCUAUUCCACCCAGGUCACUGGUGAGUGGCCGACCUUGACCUCACACACACCAUCUGGCUCUAAAUAUGGCAUCCUAAUGUAUCACUGGAAAGGGUGUUCAAUGGCUAAAACCAUGUAAAUAGAAAGCAUAUUGCUAAUAUGAAUGUUUUAUUUUAAAGUAGCAAAUCUGUGGGGUAGUAAGAGCUAAGAACCAAGUUAGGCACUUAUGUUUGCCAGUUGAGAAUUCUGUCAAUAGCAUACAUGGCCUUUCUCUCAAGAGAAGACUCCACUAUUUGUGAUGUGAGGUGGCACACACAUGAGGCAGAAGUCUAUAGAAAGCCACUUGAUCUUCCUGAACAAAAUCAGACAGAGAUAAAUCCAAUUCAGACUAAAAUGCAUCAUUUAUUGAAUGUCAUCACUAUUUUGCUGUUUACUCAUUCAAUCAACUCUAGAUGAAUAUCUCCCUCUUCCAUGCCAACCACACAAGGGUUCAGUUCUCUUCCCUGACAAGGACAGAUUCAGCUCUUAGCCUCAUGAAGCCUUCUGACACUCUUGGCUGGCUGCACCAUUUAUGGGAAGCUGAAGAUAUUUGUUGUUACUGCAAAAAGGUCACCUAUCAGGCAGAAAAAAAAAAAAUCACCCAAUGAUCUCAUCAGAGAGUCAUAGAACAUACAUAAAUUAUCUUACUUUUCCAAAGACCUAUUUUUUUAAGAAAUAGAUGAACUGAAUAAAGCCUAAUUUAUAAUCAUGUUUGAUCAAGUUUAUUUUUCAUGCUUGAAAAAGCAAAUUGUUGAUCUGAUUACAUGAGGUCAUAAACUAUCUUUGUUAUCUGGUAAAUUAAAAAAUAAUAUUUUAUGGUUGGUAGUGAACCUUAGUGGUAGAGUAUUUUGUCUGCAUUAAGCCCCGGGUCAAUCACCAGUACCGAAACAAAAAAAACAUUAUUUUAAUUUCUUAUCAAAAUAGCUAAUAAUAAUCUGUCACAAGUAACUAAAGCAAAAUUUAAUACUAGUAAGAAAGGACUAAAAAUUUUUACAUUUAUGAAUAAAUUUUAAAACAGCAUUUUAGUGCUUUUCUUCCUGCAGUCUCUUGGCAACAUUACAAGAAUAUAUACCUCACUCAACCCUCUAAAUUCUUAACAUUUAGAAGUCAACAUUCAAAAGUCUCUUGGUUUGGCUCAAAAAUUUAAUCACUAGGUCUAUGGAGAUUUGAAAGUAUAUUUGGUUAUUUUGCCACUGCAAUGUCUUCCUCAAAGUAACAAAUAGAUAAAUAGCAGACAAAUAGAAGAUAGAUAAGUAGAUAGACAGACAGACAGAUAGAUAGAUAGAUAGAUAGAUAGAUAGAUAGAUAGAUAGAUAGAUAGAUAGAUGGAAAAAAAGAGAAAAGAGAAAUGGGUUUGGUGGCACAUGCUCUACCCUAGCACUUGGGAGGUUGAAACAGGAGAACCCCGAGUCUAAACACAGCUGUCACUACAUAGUGAAUUUCAGAUUAUCUCAGCUACAUAGUAAUAACCUCUCCAAAAAGGAGGAGGAGGACUAGGAAGAGGAAGGGUAAAAGAAGAGGAAGAGCAGCAGCAGCUGGACAUAGUGGUAUACACUGGAAUCUCUACACGAAGGAGGCAGAGGUAGGCUAAUCUUGAGGUCAAGGCCAGCCUAGUCUAUAUACGACGUUCCAGCCCAUGCAGAUACACAGUGAGACACUGUCUUUAAAGAAAGAGAAAGAAAAACAGAGAGGGGAAGUAGAGGGAGAGGAAAGAAACUAAAAGAAACUCUGAUAUGUAAUAGAAAUGAAAAUGUUUAAAGACCAGUUUCUGCUAAGAAGAGGAAGGCCUUGGCUUUGCAGUUCUGGUGAGCAGUUGUCCAUACUGUAGUUAACACUGGGCUGGGCUGCAUACUUCCCAUGGUUUCAACAGCCAUGUCCUCCACUUGCCUUUGUAAAGUACAAUCCCAUGAAUCCUUCUUCACCACCAUCAUUAACAUGCAUUACUUUCCUCAGUAACUCUAUAAAGGUAAUAUAUAUAUAUAUAUAUAUAUAUUUCAAAGCCAGCAAAAGACAAAAACAUAAAAGAAGAAAGAUUUUUAAAUGUAAGUAAUUGGUAUUCUUAUUUGGUGUGUAUACCUUUAUAAAUGUUGUACUUAUAAAAAUAUACAUGUAUAAAAUUUAGAUACUUAGAGGAUACGUGAAGAAUAAAAUCAGAAGUUAGUUCUUACCACCAAACAGUUCUAGAUUGUUCUGUUGACAUAUAACAAAGCUUUCCUGAGCACCUAUAGUUUGCUUGAAGGUAACACAUACAGUCACUUAGUCCAGCUUACAGCCUAGCAAACAUUUUUUUAAAAUGAUUAUGUUCCCAUGUGAAAUCCAUUUUCACAGAGUAGGCUAGAAAUAGCGUGACAAGAUGUCUAUGUCUGUUGUCUAAGAUCUCCAAAGUUCUUUUCCAUUUCCUUAGAUGCAAGGAAAUUCCACCACAUAAUUUCUAAACAUUCUAGCUUAAAAUUACAAUAAAUAUUGGACAUUUAGUGACAGUGUGAAGAUAUUUUCAACUUCAAAAUGAGAAAGAUGAAUGAAAAAUAUAUUAUAGCCAAAAAUCAUGUCUAUUCAUUAAAAAUGACUUAAAAACAAACAGAAACUAGGAACUCUGUCUAGAUAUGAUCCCACAUUGACCUCAGAAUCACAAUCCUCAUGUCUCAGCUGUCUAUGAAAUGAUCUUUUUUUUUUUACAUUUUGUUUCAUAUUUUCAGCCCUCUCCUCUAGUUAAGCCAACACCACCUACUGCUUUGGCAAAAGCCAAAUGCUGGUCUGAGCAGUGCAGAUUCUGUCCAUCUGCAGUGGGACCUACUGACAAAGAGAUGGAGGGACCCACUGACAACAUGAUGAUGAUGGGACACAUUGAUGAGAUGGUGGGAGAGUUUUUCUUACAGUUAUUUUUCAUGUUUUUCAAGCUGAAACAGAUUUGAGGUGCUUUUCUUACAGUUAUUUUUCAUGUUUUUCAAGCUAAAAUGGAUUUGAGGUCGCAUAACAAGGCAGAACAACAGCCUUUCAGAAUGAAGACACAGAAUUCUGACAAUCAGAGGCAAAAGACUCAGAGGUGUAUCAUACUAUCCACCCUCCUGCCUUCCUUCACCUUAAAUCUCUUUUGGUGCUCAGUGCAAGAAAAAAUGAAUUAUUUGACAAUUGUGCAUAGAUGUAACAGUCAAGGCCAUCCCCCACUACUAGCCCUUCAGUCCAACUCCUUGAUCUCUGCCACUAUUGCCUCCCGAUUCCAUGUAUUCCGCAAAGGAUGGGAUUCUAUUUGCCCAGAAAAGGUGGUUGGUAACCAGAAGUAAGGACAAUUGCUCUGCCCUUCACAUGCUGUGCAUGUUCUCUGCAUGCAGUCAGAAACAACUAGGCUCCUGACAUCCCUGUGGCCACAGCUCUUUUUUCUCUUUGCUGUGUCCCUCUGUGUUUGCAACGCUGUCCACCAUGCUUUCAGGGCACCCCAUGUGCUGCCCCAAAACACACACACAAAUCUCGUUUGGCUACAUCUUGACCAAUGCUCCAGAUCUCUGCUGGACUGUACAGAAUGUGUCACUUUGACAUCCCUGCCACUAUGGGUAGCUAGGCAAGAACUCGAAAUACUGUGUGUGUGGGGGGGGGGGGGGGAAUCAUAGAUGUAAAGACAAUCCUGGCUUCUAAUCUGUCCAACAACUAUUUCAUAUAGCUUCUACUUGAAGACUAUGGCACGGCCCCUUAUAUGACCCUGGUAGAAAAAGGAGUAUCUUCUAAAUUCCCCAUAAACAUUGGUUUGUGCUGGCCAGAAAUCCUACUGUGGCAAGAUGCUAUCAACUUUUUUAUUUGCAGCAUAUGGGUUAUGCUUUUUGCUUUAUUUUUCCCUGCAAGUUUUAUCCAAAGCACUAAAUUUGAUUAAAAUUAGGAGUAUUUUUUAAAGGAAAAUAGACACAAAAAGCAAAAUUACUAAUAUUAACCCAAAUUACUUGCUCAAUGGGAAUGCUGUCACCAGAAAUAAUAAAAAUAUAUAUACUACUAAAAUUUCAGUGAAGAAUUAGCAAAAUUCUUUGUACUCAGCUCAAAAUCAAAGAAAGAAAAAAGAAAAAUCUGUAACUCACAAAACUUAAGUUUAUCACACAAUAAUCAAGUUCCAAACCUAUGCAACUUUAAAGAGGUAUAUAUUAAACCAUAAAAAAUUCAAAAGGGAACACAUGGAAAGUAUCUAUUAAGCAAACAUGAGGUGCCAUUAGCAAAAUGAAACCAUUUUAAAGGCUUUAAUUUAGCUAUAUAGUAGCUGUGCAUGCUCCUUGCUUUCAAUGAAGUAUUUUAUUUUCUACAGUUGUUUAUAUAGUUUGCUUACUUGUCCUGGGGAGACAAGGAUUCAUAGAAAAAGAGGGUCUGAAGGGAGAAAUUAUUGGACAACUUAUUAUUACCUACUGUGCCUGGAAUGUGUUGAAACUACGUGGCCUUCCCCAUCCAUCUCUCUCCCUCUCCCCUUUCCAGGCUUCACUAUCCCAGUUUAAAAGGACAAAUUCUGUCAUCAUUUCUCAGAUUCUGCCUCCUCUGGCUUUUAAUUCCCCUCCUGACUCUCCAGUACAUACCAGGGGUCCUUCCCCAGGGCCUACCUGCUUAGAGUGCACAGGUACCAAGUCAAAAGCAGAAACAAACGCACCAUUAGCAAUAACAACUAAAGCCAGAAGGGGGUAUCAGCAAGUUUAGAGGCCAAAGAGACACUGUCCUGAUGAAGAAGAAAACAUGGUUGGACUGCAUUUUUUACCUAUGAGUAAUCAAAAAUGCAGUUUGGGCAGAAGUACUGUGGUCAGGUUUGGACCUUCACCCUGCUAAUUAUGUACUCUGAGCUGCACAUAGGCUGAGCUGUACUCAUAGACAAAAUGCAGUGCGUUUAAGUCUCUACCAAGCUCUAAAACUUGAAAGGAAAUAGCUGGGUUGUUGAGGAAUAUGGGACCAAAUUCAUUAAUAUUUCCCAAGAUAACCAUCUCAAAUGCAAAUCUUUCUACUAAAUAUGUGUGUAGCCUAUGGGUGGGUCUGUUUUCAGGCAAUAUGCCAAAAGGAAGAGACCAAUACAUCUUUUUCAUUCUCUGUAGUAACAGACAUUUUAAUCAGGGAAAACUGGCAUUCGGGUAAGUUUUCAUAUAGUUUGGGACAAAAUUCUAAUAGCCAUCCAUAGAAAACCUUAACAAAAGAUGCUAGGGUGGAAAGAAAGCCAUACAGAAAAGCUCAUAUCUAUUACACAUCUUGUUAUAAGCAAUUCAUAUUUGUAUUGGACUUUUAAUUUUUAUUUUAUGUAAAAGCAUCUUUAGAUAACCAUGUGAAAUAAAUAUUACUUAUUUUAUUAUAAAUAUGUAGAUUUUUAAAGACUAUUAUAAUGUAAAUGAGAUGGAUAUAGAAAAUGCCAAGCAUACUGCUGGACAAUUAGUAGGUAUGCAAUUUAAAAUAAGAAUUCCAAAGGAAGUGAUUUGAGUCACACUUGUGUUUGCAAUACUUAGCUCCCAAAUUCUUCUGUAACUUUGUAUGUGUGUUUAAUCAAAACCCACUGUUACAUAAAAUGUAAGGCAUUUUAUUUGUUAAGUUAUAUACAUAUAGGUAUCCUAUGUUGUUUUCAAGAGGGAUAUUACUUUAACAAUAACAUGCUAUGAAAACUAGUACUACAUUUUUAACCUAAUUGCCUUAAAUUUUUAGUGUUCAGUAGGCGAGUGUCAAUUUCUUCUUGAGGAAAACAGCUUCCUCAAUGAUUUCAAUUUACUGUCUGUUUGGAGAGUCUGUUAUAUCUUUCUGUUGCCAUGAAUUUAAAAUUGCAUCGUCACCUUGGAAACAUUCAAUAUAGUAGUCCAUUUUCCCGCUUUGAAUAUUUUCAAACCACGGUUUCAGUAACUGGCCCUUUGCCAACUAUUUUGUGAGUACAAGGGCUUUGGCAUUAAACAUAUUUUUUCUCAUUAAAUGUUUUUGUCUUAAAAAUCUAAAGUAUAAUCUGUCAUCAGUACAGAUUUUCAUCAAUUUUGCCUAUUCUACUGUUAAAUCUUACUAAUCAAGAAAGGUGAUUCCUCGGGGGCCUAAUUUUUCAUGUCAAUGUAUUUAAGAUAUUGGGUUAUAGAACUAAGAUGAACCCCCAUUAUAUAGUGACAAUGCGUGAUGACCAGGGGACACCAUACAGGAACAACGCCCUGUACACUCAGCCCUGACACACUGCAGCCGCUUCAGCCAAAUCAGACUGACCACUGUAGAACCAGACUGUGGUAACUCUGACCCUAAAAUCAAACUAGCCCUGAAGUUCUUCUAUUGAAUCUACAAAAGAAUUUCCAAGAUGCAGUAAAACUUCAUUCUCAGAGGAUCAAGUAGCCAUCACUGGAAAGCUGAAAACCGUAAUUUUAAUGAAUUUUUGUUUGUUUAAUUGGUUUAGUGUGAUUAUUUUGGAGUUGGUUCUUUGUGGUUUGGAGGGAAUGGCAGCUCUUUGUGGGGGUUGCCUAGUAAUUUUAUAAAAACUUUAGUAUAACACAUUACUUAUUUUGGUCUUUCAAUUCAUUAUAAUGCUUAAAAGAAUAAUUCAUGUUCUAAAUCAUAACUGCAUGACGAUUUAGAUCUUCUUACUAUUUAGUUAUAGCCUAAUGGAUACUGUAUUCCUCUGUUUUCUCAAAAGAAUAAAGUUCCUAGUUUAUUAAAUAGUAUUCUGACAGAAAACUAUGUGGCCCAACCAGCUCUGAGUAUACUGAUACCUAUCUCUAUGUAGCUUAUACGCAACUUCCAUGUUGACUGUCAUGUGUCUGCUGCAUUCUGAAGCUGCCACUGUGGCCGUCUCAUCUUCCUAUGCCAACACCCCAGCUGUGGUGUCCUGUGGUGUCAUGCACAUAGGCUACGGUAUGAACACAGCUGUAAUCUGCUUAUUCAACAUCAAAUCCACAAAGUCUGAGGCAGCGCAAUAACACUGUAGUCCAAAUGGCGCACUGUGCACGUCAUCUGCAUCCCUGCCUUCUUUAACACAUAUGCUGAAGCAGUGUUUUAAGUGUUUUUUCCCAACUUGUAAUAAACAUCUCUGUGUCAUAUCUACAUAGUCAAGCUAUGCCUAGUAAUUAAGUUUUAAAAUGUUGCCUAUUAUCUAAAGAAAAAUAUCUACUAAAUUUCUCAUAUAUUCACUCAAAUUCUCUUCUGUUAUCAAUAUAGGCCUAUCUAUAGUAUAUGUAAAAUAUAAGAAGGGUCCUGUGAUGAGAUUUUGCCUGCCAAACUAGCUAUUGAACCAGGUCAAAGAUUGUACUGUCCUCAGGAGUUAUUGAUCUCCAACAUACUGGGUGUGGGUACACUUGGUGUUGAAGCACUUGCCUUGUGCAUGCAAGGCUGUGGGAUCAAACCCCAACACUAGAAAACUAACAAAGUUAGGUAUCUGUAAAAUUAAUGAUAAUAGACAUUGAGAUUCUAGUAUUUAGGGGAAGUGGGAGUAAAGGGGAGGGGAAAUGGAAGAAGAUGGAGGGAAAAAACAGCCCUGAUAACAAAGGAAGAUAUUAAAUAGAGGAGUUGAUGCACACAGUAUAUGUUAAUGGAGAAAUAAUUGGUGGAGUUAAUACAUAUAGUAUAUAUUUAUGGAGAAGUGACCGGCUUUGGGAGGUGUGCACAUACAGGCCCUCAUGUGUUUAGAAGGGGAUCCUAAAUUAUCUGCUGGGAUUUCCCCCCUUGGUAUACCAGUCUUUUUUAUUUUAAUUGUUUAACUUGCAAAAGUUAUUAAUUCAAGAUUUAAUAAUUAUAAGCUUAUUGUUAAACUCAUGACAACUCUGUGAAGGUUCGUAUUGAUUUUCUGAAAAUUUAUGAUGAAAGUAUUUAGUACUGUCAGUAAUUAAUGCAUACAAAAAGCCUCAUUGGGGGCAAUCCUGGAUGGUUUCUCUAUACAAUAUGUUAAUAAACAUCCCAUUCUUUUUCUCUCACAUUAUAAAGAUUUUAAAUGUUUUAAUGAAGUCCCUAAGCAUUCCCCCAGGUUAAAAAAUACUCAAAAAUAUUUUUUUAAAUCUAAGGAGUAAAGUAUCAGAAAUCAAAUACUAAAUGAGGAGUUCUUUACAUGCUUCUAGACAUAUAUAUUCAAUAAACCAACUUUGUAUCUUGGAGCUAUACACAUGAUUAGGUAACUACAGUGCAUGGUCCAUCAUUCCCUUCAGUGUCUUAGAGGGUUUUCAUACUAGUCUAUAAAGCUCUGAACGCUGCAGGGAAGAAGAAGCACAACCUGUAUUUUAAGAGUUUCCAAACAAGUGAUCCUCUCCUGUCUUCCCAUGUAAUCACGCUGUGCUCUGUCCUGUACUCUGUUGGCUUUCGAUACAGAUUCUUGCCAGGAGCUAAAGCACACGCAUAAAUGGCUACACCUUGUCUCACUCACCUGCCUCCACGUGCUUUAUUCCACUAUAUUUGCAAACAAGAUGUUUUGGGUUCAGUUCUGUAACCAGGAUGUGUUUUAGCAUAUGCCUGUUUGUUUGACUGUCCAACCUGCACCAUUAAUACAAUGCCUUUCCCCCCCAUCUAAUGGUGUUUGUAUCUGUGUCCCUAUAUCUGCUGCAUUUUAAAUUCAUAACAAGAAAAGAUGAUUUUGUAUUUAUACUUUGCUGAUCUAGUCAGUAAUUCUGCACCAAUCAGCAGACUUCUCUGCAUGUAGUAGUCUGUACAAUUGUUCAACAUCAGAAUACUUGUUCAUGUCAAAGUGUCUAUAAAAUUGCCACCAUUGUUCUUCAUUUCAGUCUGGUAGAAUACAUGAGACAGAAAAUAAAUGUGUAAAUGAC